CCUCUCUGUCCCGUCACCCUCUCAGGUGGGCCCAGUUCUUCAUCUGCCCCCUGAUGAUCCGAGACGCCAUUGACAGGGAGGUGGAGGCCGUCGACAGCGAGUACCAGCUGGCUAAGCCGUCGGACUCCCACAGGAAGGAAAUGCUGUUUGGCAGUUUGGCCAAACCUGGACACCCUAUGGGCAAGUUCUGCUGGGGGAAUGCCCAGACGCUGAAGCAGGAGCCAAAGAAGAAGAAGAUCAAUGUCUAUAAGAGGCUGCGCGCCUUCUGGAAGAAGCACUACUCUGCCCACUACAUGACUCUGGCUGUGCAGUCAAAAG